UCCGCAAACCUGUUGGCUGCUCCUCUCCAGGCGCGCAGUACCAUCCACAAACUUUGAUGAGCUGAAACGAAACAAGCCGGGCUGGAUGAAAACUGGGAGGAUACCUUAAACAAAAACAUAUACACUGGUUAUUUUACGGGUGCGUUGACAAAGCCUCACACACAGGUGUCACAAUGGAAAGCACUCCGGUCGAAAUUUUCAAAGAAGACACGGAGUGCCUCUCUACAGCGUUGGAGGACUGUCACGUCAAUUCCUCAGCUUGGAUGUCCGGAUCCUCCGAGAGCCGCAAUGUGACCCACAAUGAUGGCUGGGAGCCGGGGAGCAUGUCUCCCAUCAUCCCCAUCAUCACUGCAGUCUACUCCGUGGUGUUUGUCGUCGGCUUCAUCGGCAACUGCCUCGUCAUGUAUGUCAUCAUCAGGUACACAAAGAUGAAGACAGCCACCAACAUUUACAUUUUUAACCUAGCCCUCGCUGAUGCUCUCGUCACCACCACCAUGCCCUUCCAGAGCACCGACUACCUCCUGAACACCUGGCCCUUUGGUGAGGUGGUUUGCAAGGUCUUCAUCUCUAUCGACUACUACAACAUGUUCACCAGUAUAUUCACUCUCACCAUGAUGAGUGUGGAUCGCUACGUGGCUGUGUGCCACCCAGUAAAAGCCCUGGACUUCCGCACUCCGAUCAAAGCCAAGAUGAUCAAUGUGUGCAUCUGGAUCCUGUCCUCAGCUGCAGGGAUACCUGCGUUUAUUCUGGGUGGCACCCAAACAAACAGUGAUAUAACUGAGUGUGCCUUACAGUUCCCAGAGCCGUAUGUGUACUGGGACACUCUGAUGAAGGUAUGUGUGUUCGUCUUUGCCUUCAUUGUGCCUGUGCUCAUCAUCACCGUGUGCUACUCCCUGAUGGUCUUGAGGCUGAAGAGUGUCCGAAUGUUGUCUGGCUCACGGGAGAAGGAUCGUAACCUGCGCAGAAUCACAAGACUUGUAGUCGUCGUGGUGGCCGUGUUCGUGGUCUGCUGGACGCCCAUUCACAUCUUCAUCCUGAUCAAGGCACUCGUCAGUGUGCCUGAAACCACUGCCGUCAUGGCCGCCUACUUCUUCUGUGUGGCUCUGGGCUACACCAACAGCAGCCUUAACCCUGUGCUCUAUGCCUUUCUGGAUGAGAAUUUCAAACGGUGUUUCAAGGACUUCUGCCUCUCAGCCAAACUAAAAGGAGAGAAGGUUUCAGAGGGCAAAAAGACCACCAUCACACUCCGAGAGGCUUCUGUUCCCCUGGAGAACCCAGACACGACGAAUAAUCCAACAUGACUAGCAAUUUCCCAUAUUGGACAAGAGGACUUGCAUGACCUGGGCUUAUCCCACAUCACAUCAGCAAUGUAAUUUUCAGUCUAUUGCAAAGGUUAACUGGAUUUAUUUUUAUCUAUUGGAUUUUAAUCAGCACCAACAUUGCUAUGAUUUCAUUUCAGAGAUCAAAUGAAAGUUACAAAUCAUAAAUUGUAUCUAAUAUUUUCCAUAAAUCCACAUCAAAAACCCCAACCCCCUCUGCAAGAGAAUAACUUAGUUAGUUAGUUAGUGGUUGUUCCAGCUUCUCAAAAGUGAAGAUUUGCUGUUUUUCAUGUGGUAGAAAAGGAAUCUUUGGUUUUUGGACUGUUGAUCAGACAAAAAAAGACAUUUGAAUGCAUCAUUUUGGGCAGAGGGAAUUUACAGUAGGCAUUUCCAUUAUAUUUUGAUGUUUAUUGACAGAACAAUCUAAUCUUGAUAGGAAAGGGCCACAAAUCAUGAUUAUGAGUAGGAAAUGCAAAGUCACAAAAACAUUGCAUAAGAAGUCAGGAGAGUAUAAUUUAAGAUUUCUCAGAUUAUUUAAUGGGAAAUUGGCAAGGAGUUAAUGGAAAUGUUACAUUAAUGGCUCAAUUUUUACAUACAUUUUGCAUCAGUGUUCUUGAUUUUUAUUCUUUUAACUGCAUUUUCUCUUCACCUCUCUCAUUUCCCGCUCACUUUCUCCUAUAUUUUUAUUCCUGUUGCCAAAUGUGCCUUUAAUAGUCCAGGAUUAGAAAUGUUUGUAGCAGCGGAAAAUUAUUUCAAGAAUGAUAACUGAACGGGUGUCUUUUUUUAAGAAAUACAGAAGUGUCGAUUAGAACGAGAAUUUGUCAAUGAGAAAAGUUAAGUCCUGGACUUUAAUCUGGAUUUAGAAUUUGACAGAGGGCUCUCUAUCAGCUUUGACUUUGGAGUUGUGUUCAGAUUGAUAAAUUGUUAAAUUAAUGGUAUAUGAUUUAUUCACAUCUGCCGUGUAUGGCUUUUACUAUGAUACACAUAUUCCUAUUAUGUGUCCAUGCUAUUAUUGUACAGAAAUAUUAUUUCAGUGCAAUCUAAAAACAUGAAUACCUAUUUAUCAAGUUGUGCACAUGGUUGAAUGCAGUAAAUUUUGUCAAAUGUACAGUAUCAUAGUGUGUAUACAAUACCAUAUAUUGUAUAGAUUACAAAAAAGUAAAUCUUUGCACAGACAUCAUUGAGAUAAACUGUAUUUGUAGCAUGUCAGUAAUAAUUGCUUUGAAAGUAAAUGCAACAUCAGCAGCCUAUAUGCUCAUGGACUGUGCUGUUAUUUUGUAUGUAAUGCACAUAGACAAAGGAUAUCAUAAACAUGAUAUUUCACUGUGGUAUAUAUGUAUCUGUCUCAUAAGAGAAGAAAUUAACCCAUUUUCGUAAGCACUUUCAGUUUCACUCUUGUGUUGCUAAAGCGGAGCUUUGUGGAUCUGGGAUAAACCUUUUUCAAACUGUUAAUAAAUCUCUAGCCAC